AUGAGCUGCUGGGCAUCAUCUUCAGCAGCAGCCGCUUCGGUGCGGUUGCUUCGCACACGUUCCGCUACCGCCACUGCCACUCUUCCAGCUCACUUGUUGGCUGCUCGUACCAUUGCCAGCUCGAUGGCAGCAUGCUCUCGAACACUCUACACAACCACAUCCCGCCACGGGAUCACGUCCUCUAGCAUCAAGAAAAUGACCUCCAUCUCUGGCCAAGACCUCUCCAUCGCACUCGAUGAGCACGGUCAAAUCCCCUCAGCUCCCUACUCAACUUUGCCACUUGCAGGUACCUCUCCUUCCUAUCAAGUCCAUCUCAUCGUUCACCCUUACGACACGGCUCGACCUGCAGACACUUGGCCAUCCCACCUCGAAUCCGUUUCGCCGUUCAUAUCUGAGCUCAAGAGCCGGACCGGCAAGGGUGGCUCUCUUGAGGGUUAUGGAAUCUCUUUCUCCUCCGGUGACGCCCGUGCUAUCUCCCCUUCCCCCGACGCCACAGAGCAGAAGGCGUGGGAUCCAACAACAUCGCGCAUCAUGCGCGCCGUACCUAACUCGGUAGCAGAGGAAGAAAAGUUUGUCGUCCACGCAUACACCACCAACGGCACCAUGGCCAAGAUCGCUCCUCUUUCCCUCCGCACACUCGAUUCUGAUUUGCCGUUGCGGGAGAGGAUUGAUGCUGCGUUGUCCACCGCUGCGCCACAGACUGGAAGGGUGCAGGCUUCGGAUGAGACUCAUGUAUAUGUUUGCACUCAUGGGUCGUUGGAUUGCAGGUGUGGCCUUGCCGGUAGCGCUUUCCUUCAGUCUCUGCAGCAGCAAGUAAGAGCGCAUCAGGCGAACCUGAUCAAGGCGGGAAAAGAGACGCCGAAGAAAGUGAAAGUAAUGGCGGUCAGUCACGUUGGAGGUCAUGCUUGGGCAGCCAAUGCGCUGGUAUACCCUCAUGGAGAUUGGUAUGGCAACUUGAGGACGACUGACUCCAAGUUGGUGCUGAGAGCUGCAUUGGCUCCUGCGUCCUCGGUGCAUGAUUUGGAGGAUUUGAGAGAGAGAUUGGUGCAUUGGCCCAGGUGGCGAGGAAGGUUAGGGUUGAGCAAGGCUGCUCAAAGGGAUCAUUAUGCGGAGUGGGGUCCACCGACCAUCAACUCUGCUCAUAUCACCCCACGAAGUCGCGGUAUUGCUACUUCUUUCUCUUCCCCACCCAGCAUCGCUGCACUUUCCAACACCAUCUCUUCUUCAGCUCGAGGUUACGCCACCGACGCUUCCAAGAAACCCCCCUCAGCACGUAUGACCGCCUUUCGUGAAAAACUAGCCUCCGAUCUCUCCAUCGAUGACUUCACCUCCCCCUCCUCCGACCCCAUCCUUCAGACCCAACCACGAGUCCGCAUGGGCCGCACCUCCGAACCCCGUUUACCCUCGCAUCUCAAAACCCGCAUUCCCACCGGCGCAAACUACACCCGCAUCAAAAACGAUCUUCGAGGCCUCAACCUUUCCACCGUCUGCGAAGAGGCUCGCUGCCCUAACAUCGGUGAAUGUUGGGGUGGAAGUGGUGGAAAAGAUACGGCUACGGCAACGAUUAUGAUUAUGGGAGAUACCUGUACUCGAGGAUGUCGAUUUUGUGCUGUUAAAACCUCGCGUGCGCCUGCUGCACUUGAUCCGCAUGAGCCAGAGAAUACUGCCGAGGCGAUAAGUAGGUGGGGAUUGGGUUAUAUUGUAUUGACUAGUGUGGAUAGGGAUGAUAUUGUGGAUGGUGGUGCUAGCCAUAUUGCCGGUACGAUUAGUAAGAUCAAGUUUAAGAGUCCUAAAAUCCUUGUGGAAGCUUUGGUACCGGAUUUUAGUGGCAAGAUGGAGGAUGUGGAGACGGUGGCGAGGUCUGGGUUGGAUGUGUUUGCGCAUAAUGUUGAAACUGUUGAACGCACUACUCCUUUCGUUCGCGAUCGCAGGGCCAAAUACAGACAGUCCCUAUCGGUGCUAAACCACGCCAAACAAGUCCAACCAACUCUAAUCACCAAAACCUCAAUCAUGCUAGGUUGCGGAGAACUAGACGCAGAAGUAGAACAAACACUCCGCGACCUUCGGGAAAACGACGUAGACGUAGUCACCUUCGGUCAAUAUAUGCGUCCAACAAAACGCCACAUGAAGGUGGAGGAAUACAUAUCUCCCGAGAAGUUUAAGCAUUGGGAACAACGCGCAAAGGAUCUUGGUUUCCUCUAUGUUGCGAGUGGACCGUUGGUUAGGAGCAGUUAUAAAGCGGGUGAAUUCUUCAUCAAGAAUGUACUCGAACAGAGGAAGAAUGCUGCCACCGGAGCCGGGGUUGUGGAAGCGGUGGAGAAGGCGCCUAGUGAGGCUAGUACUUGCGCAUAG